ACAUUGCAGUCCGUAGCCGUUGGGAUCCAGCGCACAGCGGCGGCGUCGGCUCUAGCGGCAGCAUGAAGAGGAUAAACAGCAGCCUUUCCAGUGAUGACCUUAUUCUGGAGGACUUGGAAACAGAAGGAGAGAGGCAGCUGAGGAGCCUCCUUCACCAUCAGCUUGAUACUUCUGUUUCCAUUGAAGAGUGUGUAUCCAAGAAACAGUGCUUUGCCCCUGCUGCACUAUAUAAGCCCUUUGGGGAGGAGGCAGCUGGGGCUUUGAGCUUGUCCCAGUUUCAAGCACUACAGAAGAGUGAUCAGGAGGUCGCAUCUCUGAGGGACUUGGGGCUCAACGAUAGAGAGAUUGUGCUGUGGAAGAAUCGAACUUCAUCUGAGAGGGGCACAGGGCUGGGAGCAGCCCCUGAAGCAACACAGGACCGUCUUCGAGACAUUGAAGAGAAGAUCUUAGAGCAUAAGCGCAUUCUGGCCUUGCCACAGAGGUUCGCAGGGAGUAAACAGCUGAGCCGGCGAGAGAUGGAAAUAGAAAAGGCUUUGUUCCAGGGGAAUGAUCGCCAUUCCUUCCUGAGGGCUCUCUAUUACCAAGGUGAAUCCCAUAAGAGACUAGAGGCUGAGAAGGACCCCAUUAAUAAUCUGGAGACUGUUUACCAAGAGAUGCUGGCCAAACCACACCCCGAAGAGGCUCAGCUUAUGAGAGGUGAACCCUUUGCUUUCCUCUCACUGGACCCAGAUGCAUUAGUGGACACUAGUGUCACAGCUAAGAACCUGUCAGUACUUCAGGAUCAGGGAAACGAGGCAGCACAGGCUGAGGGGCCUAGCCUUCAUGUGGUGAAAGCUAAUGAAUCUGAGUCCCAGCAAUGUCUUACGGGGCCCAAGAAGGUGACAGAACUAGUGGCGUUUGUUUCAGAAGAUGAGAUCCUGAGAAAUCGUCUGUCAGAGGAGGACAUCCGCAAAAUUCCUAUGUUUGCUUCAUACAGUCCUGGAGAGCCAAACAAGGUACUGUAUUUGAAGAACCUCAGUCCUCGGGUGACUGAGAAGGAACUUGUCUCCUUGUUUGCCCGGUUCCAGGAGAAAAAAGGACCCCCGAUUCAAUUCCGAGUGUUGACUGGCCGCAUGAAGGGCCAGGCCUUCAUCACCUUCCCCAAUAUGGAGAUGGCCCAGCAGGCAUUGUUGCUGGUGAAUGGAUACAACCUACUGGGGAAAACACUGGUGAUAGAGUUUGGAAAGAACAAAACGCAGAUGUCGGGGCUUCAGUCAGCCUCUCCUAUCCCAUGUGCAACAGAUAGCAUGGCAGAACGGGAUGGGAGCUAAAAGAGAAAUGGACCAGGCCCCUUAUGUGUUCUUGCUUGUAUUUGCAACUCACUUCUAGGGUCUGUAUAUAAAGAACCAUCUCAUAGGAGAGAGUGAUUAGUAAGCACCUUUUCAAGUGUUCAUUAUGGAUAACUUUUGGAAACAUUUCCCUCAGUGAGAGACCAUAUGAGAUAGAGGAGAUACUGAGAAUAAAGUUUGCCCUCCCUAGGGUAAGAUAGAAUUCUUAUCAAGUUGUCUCUGUUUGGUCUUCAUAUAUUUCCCACUACCUUUCAGAGGCUGACAAAACUUCCUAACCUGUCUCCUAUUAACCACAAGGGAAGGACGUCAGUCUCACUACACCCCACCUCCUCUACUCCCUCCCCCUAACCAGUCAUUCUAGGAUUGCAGGAGAGCAGCCAGCGUAUUUAAUUUGUAUAUCUUGUCUUCCCAGCUAAACCAUAUGCUCCUGGAGGGCAGGGACCUUGUCUUCUGUUUCUCUGUCUCCCCCUUUAGUGUCUAGCACAGUGUCGUGUACAUAGUAGAUGGGUAAUAAACAUUUGUGGGUGAUUGGAUUGAUUCCAUAAAACAUAAGAGGCCAUUAGAGAGACACCCUGGAAACCUUUUCCUUUUGCAGGCCUAUUCUUCUCCUUCAGCUUUGCCCUGUAGCCUGGCUUCCUCUCUUAAGUUUGCCAAGCCUGCUCGCAGGGAAUUGACUGGAGGUACAGAUAGCCAGGGACAGACUUUCAACUUCUUUGAUAUCUUGCUGGCCCGGACAAAGCUCUCCCAGCUGCCGUCCGUCCAUCCCUCCUUCCUUUCAGACUAGAAUAACUCCUUUCCAUAGGGUAGGCCUUCUUCCAGUCUUCAUUCAGACAGGUUGCCUCCUUUGUUCCCAGUAAACCUUUGCUUUUGAUACAUUCCACAUCCAGGGCCUGGACUAGCAGUUCUGGUGUUCAUGGUCAGAUUGGAUCCCUUAGUCCCUUGGCCAGUCAAGGCCAAGGCUCCCCAAAUGAAAAGCAGAUUCCAGACCAGCCCUUGGGGACUAAGGGAAGGGCAAGAGUAGAGUUGGUGACCAUGGCCAGACCAGAAAGCUCUAGCAGAACAAGCAGCAGAUGGGCAGUUAGCUUAUUGUGGGACCCAUCUUUCCCUGAGAUCCCACUUGCUCUGUCCUCCCUCUAGAAUGCUUGUCUGCCUAGAUGAACUAGCUAUUCCUCCAGGACCAAACAGUCCCCCACACCCCAACAUAUCCGCUCCCCUGGGACAACACUAAUCCAAGGAUCUCUUCCUCUCUCAGUGUCCUGGGAACAGCUAGUCAGGAGCCAAAAUGCAAAGCCCCCUGGAGAAGGUGGGAAAAGGGAAUUUGUGGCCAAGAGAACUUGGGAAGCAAAGAAAUUUUUCACUAAUGAUGGGCACAGAUGAGACUCAACAAAUCAUGGCUAUAUGUAUACUAUUUUGUGAUGUACCGACACAACUGUACUGUGGCGUGGGCAGAUACCUGUUUGUGUAUUAGGCUUGGUACGUUAUGUGAAUGUGUGUCCAUGAGUGUUUGUAUAUCUGUGGAGAGGUAUUAGGGGGUGUGUAUUUUGUUUCUUUCGUUCCCCAACUGGGAUGCAAGGACCCCUGCUCGCUUUUCUCCUGGAAGCAUCUGUAAUUUAGUGGGUGCUGUUCCGUAUUCAGGGGGACCCUUCCUGGAGGGGUGCUUUCUAGUGUUUCCCCAUUUUUUUCUGUUCAAAGAGCAGCCCUUAGCUAGUCAUUCCUCUCUUCCCUCCUCCACUGUCUCAGCAACGUCCUGUGUGUCACAGAUAUUAGAACAUAUUAGAGAAAUAGGGAUAUGUAGAGAAAAAAGUUUGCUUGAAACUUAGUUACAACACAAAUAACGGUUUAAAUGAUCAGUAGCUGGGUCCAACAAUCAGAGGGACCCCAUCACAGCGAACAAGAGGUUGUUACCCUUUGGGUUGGGUUUCUGUUCUCUGACAGACUUAAGGAGAUGUGACUAAGCAGUGGUUCAUGUGAAAAAGAUCUUGGAUGGAUUAGUUCAGUGAGUGACCGAUGGUGACGUCAGAGGCCUGACACUGAAGCACACCUCUAACCUCUCUUUGGGGAGGUGGUGGCCUCUAGAUGUGGAAUGAGGCAUACACUUGCAGACGUGGCCAAUAUGUUGAUUUGUUUUGCUUGACUGUGCUUAUUUGUUACAAGGGAAGGUUCCAUGGG